CUCCCCUUCCUGCACCAUUACUCUUUUGGCCCGAACCGGUCAUCGAACACUGAGAGCCUCUCCCGCCCAGUGUCCCCUCGCUCGCUCGAUUGCGCGCCUUCCGACCGCGUGCAACUCAUCACCGGGCCCACCGAUUGCGACUAAUCACCCCGUACCGCCGGAAGGAUUGACAACCAGUGACAAGGUGUGGGUAAAAGGGCAAUGAGUGGCAAGUCCUUAAGGAUCAGGCAGUCUGAAGUAGGACCUGAAGCGGUUUGAAGAGUGCUGGCCACUCGAGUGGCUUUAGAGGAGCGGAAGACUGUGUUUUGCAGGUUGACCAAAGGCCCCCAGAGAGAAAGAGAAAGAGAGCGCUUGACGCAACCCUCGCUUCCUUUUGUUCUUCCCUGUUUCUCAUCUCAGGUGAGAUACCUGUAAUCACGGCUGCCCAGAGUGAUACAUGACUACUACUUGUUGAAGUCACUUGGGAGAAGUUUGCCUCUUGUAUAUCUCGAGAGGGUCGCUCUGACUCGCCUCUCUCUCCCCUCUUACCUGCUCCCCUCCAGCUAAACGUUGCGGGUCAAGCGAGGACGACAGUCAGCGAGUACCUUAGUGCGAGUGAAAGUAUUUCAUUAACCUGAACCUCUUGGGAAUCAAUCGCUCUGCUCAAAAAGGAAGAUUAUUGUGGGACGAUGUCCAUCUGAAGAGUUUCUCUUGAAGUUGUUCAUCAUUGGGGUCCUUUUCCUGCAACUUGAGAAAGUCGGGUCACGGCGGCAGCCCAGGCGAGACUGAACCAUCAACAAAACACCUGGGACAGAAAAGUAAACUCGGGAAGAAACUCUGAGCGUGUUAUUGAAAUUGAUGAAACGUCAGAAGUAAAUUGACCUAGUGAUUCCAAAUUCGUGUGCUGUUAUUGUUUGUGUAGUCGGAACCGCGCCUUCACUUCAGCCUGUAAUUAUGAUGAUGUCUGGAAGUAUGCCACCCACGGCCGGGAGUAUGGGUGUCAUGGGAGUCAUGGGUGGGUACCUGGGAGGUGUAGGCGUGGGGAGAGAGUAUCUGGAGGGAGGAUCCGUCGGCGUGGAUCCUUCGGUCUGGGUUCCGCCUUUCUGGGACGAUCCUCAUCUCUCUGACGGACACCUGCACGAUCCUAGCAUCGCGGAGGCCGCCCAUAUGGGCGAACACACGCCCAUGGGCGACGUGGGCCCCGGGGAUCUCAUGGAUGCCUUCCCGCCCCAACCGCAGCAUGAUUACAUUAUGGGAGAACCAGUAAUCGUCAAGGAAGAGGAAAGCCUGAAGUACAAGGACGACUACUUCAAGUACAAGGAGAGCUACGUGAAAUACUCCAAGGAGGACGAGUACCUGAAGGAGGAGACAGCCUACAUCGACGCAGGAGAAGGCGAGGGAGGGGGAGGAGGUGGGGGAGGGGUAGACACCUCCGGCCAGGUCAGUGGAGGGCUAGUUGGAGUGGGAGGGUCCCCCUCGACCUCCAUAUCGUCCUCGAACACCUCGUCCUCCAACAGCUCCCUCUCAGGAGGGAUCUCAGGUCCGCCCUUGACGUCCACACACGUCCAGCAGUUGAGUUCCCUCUGUCCUCCUUUCCCCGAGGCUCAUCUCACCACUCUCUCAGGCUCCAAGGACGACGUGGACAAAAAAGGAAGCCCCGGAAGCGACAAGAAUAAGAGUCCCGAUGGACACAAACCCAAAACCAAGAGAAAACCCCGGGUCCUCUUCUCUCAGGCUCAGGUGUACGAACUGGAGAGGCGGUUCAAACAACAGCGCUAUCUCUCGGCGCCCGAGCGGGAGCACUUAGCCGGCCUCUUGAAGCUCACCUCCACUCAAGUCAAAAUAUGGUUCCAAAACCGCCGUUACAAGUGCAAGAGACAGCGGCAGGACAAGAACCUUGAGCUAACGACAGCUGCGGCCGCCGCAGCUGCUUCCAUGGCUUCUGUGACCUCUCCGCGCAGAGUUGCCGUCCCUGUAUUGGUGCGCGACGGGAAGCCUUGUCCAGCUGGAUAUCCGCCAUCUUACCCUCCCGCGUAUACGCCUCCACAGUACUCCCCUCCCGCCUACCAGUGCCCCUACAGCGCACAAACAGCUGCCUACCAACAAACACAGACGUAUAACCAACAAACCUUACGCACUUGGUGAAGGUGAUUAGUAUAAUAAUUACGUUAAUAGGAAUAGCAGUGACAAAAUAUAACUGAUGGUCUACCUAUUUUUUGAAAGGGAACGAAUGGUUGGUAAAGGAGAUAGAUGAUGAGGCGACCUAACUGAAUAUGGUUCCUAUUCCCAUUCCUGUUCAUUUACGUCGCGUAAAUUCAGGCGCAACCUGAGGUGAUUUUAGGAAUGACUUUAUAAUAUGAUGCAUUACCAAAUGUGAGCACAGACGGUUUUUAUUCUUCAUGGAACUCCAGUAAAAAUAUAAAUAAAUGAUGUUCGGUAACGCCAUGUAAGAUAAUCACCAGCUAUAAAAAAUAGCGCUUGCUCUUGCAGGUUUGUAAUUAGGAUUAGAUAUUAAUGAUUUAUGCUCUAACCUGAUUCGAAAUAACAUAUACAAAGUGGAAUCUAAUCUUGAGGGCGUGACUUUCCUGUCUUAAAAUAAUUUGCGUCUGGCAACAAAUUUAAAAUGUAUUUCCAUCAAAGACAUUAUAGAGUACACCUAUAGUAUCUUCGAUUUCCAUUCAGUGACAUAUUUGUCUUUCCAAAUCAUUUCUUAUAGAUUCAUUGAAGUCAAUUAUUAGACUCAGGGUCCUGAAUCGUUCAACUGCCUCUAUAAUUACGCUACAAUAUCUUAAAUUUAAGUAGAGAAUUCAAUGUAUCCUGAUUGCAGAAAAUGAAAAGCCGCAAUUCAGGAAUCACAUGCCAGUCUCGCUCUGUUGCAUAGAUUCGCUAUCUAUGUGAUUUGAGGAAUUUCCUUAACUCAUUCGUCAGGUCGAAGCUAUUUCACGAAAGUCAAUAACGGAGCAAAUGCCGAUAUGAACUAACUGUCAGCCCAAAAAGACUAUUAUCUUCCAAAGCACUCUUCAUAGAACAGCAUGGCUACAUGUGAAGAAAAAAUCGGUUAUCAAUCUUUCUUUGUUUUCCAUAUCCUUAUCGCUACUCUCCUCAGAGAAGAGAUAAUAAGCUUUUCCUCAACCUAUACCCUCAACUUCAUGUUUUCCUAUUGUCUUCAAACCAAGGUUAGACACGGGAUUUGUGUUAAUAAUAUCUAAACAAAGAUGUUAAAAGAUAAUUACAUUUGAUACUUUGACUGUGAAAGUAAAAAGGGGAGAAUAAGCUGAGUUUUUAAUUGAAAAGAUGGAUUUUAUCUUCCUCAGUCUUUUUCACUAAAGAAAAUCAUGCACCGGAAAAGCCUGAACCACUUUCAUACACAUACACACACACGCACACACUAUUUGUAUAUAGAUAUAUAUGUAUAUAUAUACAUAUUUAUAUACGUAUACAUGCGUUUGUAUGUGUGUGUUUAUGCCGAAUUUUAAUGAUUAAAGAAAACAAAAUAACCACAACAUUUAAAAGGCACAGGGCAGACAGCCACCAGUAAAAUAUGUGUCCCGGUUAUAAGUCACCCUCGCUAAUAAUACACAAUUAAUGGUUUGUAAAUCGUAAAUUGAUAUUCAUUUACUGACAAUGACUGUUAUAUGAGACAUUGUUUUGAUAGAGAUAAUGAUGGUAAUGUAAACACAUCGGACUCUGGGGAAAGGAGCUUCCCUCCCUUCCACGUCACAGGGAGAUCCUACCACCCCCACCCCCCCUCUUGCCUUUACACAUCACUUUUCAAACACACACACACACACACACGACAUUCUCUCUCUCUCUCUCUCUAGGAAAAGGGGGUCUUUAUUUGGACAACUUUGCCUUUUUCUUACGAUUUACUGCAAAUGUAAGAUUGGGUACCUGAAUACCAGUUAAUAUUUUAUCUGUUCUAGAAGUAAUUUUACUUUAUCACCAUUUUCGGCAUUCUCUCUCUCUCUCUCUCUCUCUCUCUCUCUCUCUCUAAGCAAUUUUGUCUUUUUUAUGAGAUGCUGGAUAUGUAAGUGAGCUAACAGAGAGCGAGUUAAAUACGUAUUUUGGGUGUGUUUGAAAAGAAUUUUACUUUAUCACCCUUUUCAACAUUCUCUCUCUCUCUCUCUCUCUCUCUCUCUCUCUCUCUCUCUCUCUCUCUCUCUCUUUUAUGAACGUGUAUAUAGGAUAUGUAGACAUACACUUUCGAAACCGUAUAUAUAACCCAUUUUGCUUCGUUGUAAAUUAGCGAGAUGCAGAAUGUUUAUGCCUUUCAAAACACAUUUCCUCGGUGACGAAGAAAGUUGACGCAGAGACCGAUCUCCGGCCUAAACAGGACCACUAAACACACAAGAUCCGGUCAAAUAUGCUUCUUUCUUUCCACUACCCUCGCCAAGCACCCGACCCCCCACCCCCCCCCUCUGCUGUCCAAGCAGGACCCAGUAAUGAUCUAAAGAAUGGUAAACAUCCAAACUGCCCAUCAGCAGAACCUAGGGUCAAUAUGCUUUUCUUCUCUUCAUUUUUGACAUGUUUCCACUAUAGAGGUAUUUAGUUUUGUUAUUCCAUUCGGCAUGUUUCUCUCUCUCCCUCUCCUUCUCUUUCUCUCUCUUUACACACACCCACGCACACACGCA